UCGAAAGCGCGAAGAGUUCGUGACGAAGAUAAAGAAGAAGGUGUGCAAGCGUACGUACGAAGAUCGAGAGGAGGUUGUGAGAAACGGUGCAAGGCGUACGUUACGAGGAAGGGUGGAUGCGUGAAGCUGUGCCAGGAGCACUGGACGAAGGACGAAGUAAGCUACGGGAGGCUGCGCGAGGGGUGCGCGGCGAGGACUGCGUCAGGCUGUGCAAGGCGUAUUUGCGAAGGAGAGAGGCUGCCAGAAGCUGUGCGAGGGGUGUUUGCGAGGGAGAGAGGCUGCCGUGAAGCUGUGCUAGGCGUGCAUUACGAGAGAGAGAGAGAGAGAGAGAGAGAGAGAGAGAGAGAGUGACGGAAGCUCGAUUAUUGGUGAGAGCUUGUACGACGAAACGAAAGGCGCGAAACGGAGAGGUUAAAUCUUAAACCACGGCUUAAUAAUCCAGAUCAUUGGAACAUUGUAAGGCUGCCAAGAAAGAACUCGAAGCAUACCUACUGUCUAGGAGCGAUGAUGUUGACGUAAACCACGGCGUACUGAACCAGAUAUUUCAACUAAUAUACAUGGUCACUUGUAAAAUCAUAACAUUACAUAAAUCGAGAUUUUACUUGGUUACUUCAGUUUAAGAAAAUUGAUUGCAAAAUGGCUCGUCAGGAUAAUUUUGUUGAAAACUUUUGGGAUAUUCUGGAAACAACACAUGGAGUUUUUAUUCCUAACUACAUCAAAAACGUUAUGCAUUUUAACAAUUUAGAUAAUCCAAUAUCUUUCAAAAAAAUCACUGAAUCAAUGAUAAGUGAACUAGAAAAUUUUGCAAAAAAUGAAAUGCAAGAUUUUAUUGAACCGAAUGCAGAUUUAAAAGCGUACUUUGGUUUAUUUGAGAAAAGGCCAGAAAAAUUUCGAUUCAUGAUAGGUGACAAGCAAUUGAUACUGGCAUUAGUUGAAAUAGUUAAAAAAAUGCCACCAGAUAACUGGAGAUUGUCAAAGCCAUCUCAAGUUUUUCUCGAUGAGCCAUCUCUAAAGAAAGCGAAACUCGCAGUUGACAAAUCAAAUUUACAAAAAAAUGUGUUACCACUUCAAAGCGAUCAAAGUUCAAAUGUUAAUCUUGAAACUGAAAGAAAGAAAGUAGAGACGCUUAUUAAAAACUUAAAUAAAAAGUAUACAUCAAAUGAGAACGUAAGCGAAGACAUACGGGAGAAAUUAAAGUGCUCUACAAAAGUAAAGAUAUCCGUAAAAGAUAGUUAUGACGAAAAUGGUCUUUCCAAAGCAUUUACAUAUUCUGCUUGUGUAACAUGCCCGUUAUGUUCAAUACUUGUUAACUUUACAAAAGUCGGAAGCAGAUGGAUAAUUUCAAAUUUUGCUCGUCAUAUCGAGACUCAUAAAAAAUCUGCUGGACAGAAAAAGGCGGCUUUAAGUAAUGUUAAGUCAAUUAAGGAAUCUUUUAAGAUAUCCAGCGAUAUAUCUAACGAAAGUCAACAUACUGAUGAUCCUACAUUAGCUGUGAUUGCAGAAGGAACUAUUGUUAAUAACGAGUUGGUGCUUUCGUCCGUAACAAGGCCCGUAAAUAUUACCGAUACAUUUUUAAUUGAUUUAACCAAUAAUCCGAUGCAUGACUCUAUUUUGGAUUCUGGACGUCAUUCAAAAUCUUCAGAUAAAACGACAAACGAGGAUAAGCCUGAACAAGACUCAGAAUCUAUUGUCAAAACUGUAGGCAUGGAGGAAUCUAAACGAUUGACUGAAUCAUUUUCCGCGUCUAAUAAAACAGUUAAAAAUCCAACAACCCAUGAAUCUUUACCAUCAACGUCUAAAUCACUAAAUGAUGUCAGCAAGGAUGUAGAUAGUUUGUAUAACGAAGAGCUUAAUAAAAUUCCUAGUGUUUGGGGAGAAUCGGGGGAAUGGUAGAUCGAGAUGAUUAUCGAACGAAUCAUCUCGAAAAAACAAUUUCUCUAAAAAAUGUUCGUACUACUAAUAAUUCUCGAUCGCGAUCAGAAAGAAACAUGCGUAAAUUGUUCUCUUCUGUAGAUGAAACUCAACCACAAAUUUCAUGUUACUUUCUUGUGCUCAAUCGUUUAGAUGUUGAAAUUAAUCGAAAUAAAGAAUUAAAUAUUUCUAUUAAACAUUUUCUGGAAAAACAAAAACACUCAGAUAAUUCUACUGCAAACCAUGAUAUAUAUGAGUCGAAUGAAACGCAAACCUCAUUUUUAAAAAAAUUAAUGAACACUGCUCUUUCUAACACAAACAAAAAGAAGGGGGGACAGCGAUACGAUGAUACACUUAAGCUUUUCGCAACUUAUUUAUUUGUUAUCGGUGGUCGAAUGUUGUAUGAAACAUUAUCUGCGAACUUGCCCUUACCUUCUUUGAGUACAUACAGUAAGUCGUACGUUAGAUAAUUCGGGUUGUAUAAUAAUAGAAGGUGAUAUGCGAGUUACGGAAUUAGAAAAGUUUUUACACAUGAGAAAACUACCAUUUUAUGUAUGGUUAAGUGAAGAUGCAACCCGAAUAACCGGUCGUAUUCAAUAUGACUCUAAAUCGAAUCAACUCGUUGGUUUUCCUUUACCGUUGAACAAUGAUGGAAUGCCUGUAACACACUCAUUUACAGCUACUUGUGCUAAAAAGAUAGAAGAAUACUUCAGUACUAAUAGUCCUGCCACUUUAUUAUAUGUAAUAAUUGCACAACCGCUCGCAUAUCAGGCACCUUCUUUUUGUUUGUGUUUAUACAGUACUGACAAUAAAUUCAAAGCUGAUAAUGUUAUUAAGCGAUGGUCUUACACUGUUAAAUAUUUAAAGGAUGCAGGUAUAAGAGUUCUAAGUAUGUCUUCUGAUGGUGAUCCUCGGUUAUUGCGAGCAAUGCGAAUUGAAACAAAUACUGGUGUUUUUAAACAAAAAAAUUCUUGUGAAACUAAUCAAGUUCCUCCUGCAUUACAAUGCACUUUUGAGUCAUUACCACAAAUUAUUUGUAUACAGGAUACUGUGCAUAUUGGCACCAAGCUCAAAACAAGAAUGCUGAAAAAUUCCAUUGUAUUGCCAAUGGGAAAUUAUUUAGUCUCAGCUAGUCACUUGCAUAUUUUGAUAGACACAGUUCCAAAGGACAAACAUUGUUUAACUCGAAAAGAUUUAUCCCUAAAAGAUAAAAUAAACUUUCCUUCAGUAUUAAAAAUAUCAGAUUCUAAAGUCUCCGAGCUAUUAAAAAAACAUGUUCCGGAAAGUGAAGGAACUGUAACGUAUUUAUACGUUAUCCGCUUGUGUUUGAGUGCAUUUUUAAGUAAAACAUUAAGCCCAUUAGAACGAAUUUAUAAUAUAUGGUAUUGUGUUUUUUUUCUACGCUUAUGGAGAGCUUGGCUACACGCAAAUUCACAGUAUUCCAUAACUAAUAAUUUUAUAACUUUAAAUGCGUAUUUAUGUAUCGAGAUAAACGCACAAAGUUUGAUAGAUGUUAUAAAGUUACUGAAAGAAAUUGAUUCUCCCGAACUAUUUUUACCCUGGCAAUUCAGCAGUCAACCGUGUGAAGAUUUCUUUAGGCAUUUGCGUUCAACAAGUUCUACAUUUUCAAGUAUAGUGAAUUGUAGUGUUUUAGAGGCUAUCCACAGAGUUAGACGUAUCCAACUUCAAAGUGACAUAUCAACAAGUAAUUCUAACGUAUCAACUGAAGGAUAUAAAUUUCCACGCGCUCAAAAAUCAAGUUUAUGUUCCAAUAAAUCAACAUUUGAACUUCCCUCUUUGAAUGAAAUGGAAUAUACUAUUGAAUCAGCAAAACAAGAUGCUUUCAUCACGGUAUCAUUACUAGGUAUGACAGUACCCAUAUCGGAUGCAGAAAAUAGAAUCAUACAUGACAUUCAUAUUAUUGAUUCUGAUGAUUUAACUGUAGAUUCAUCUUGUACAGAAAAAGAUAAUAAUGUAUCUUUAUCGUCCAAUUCUAAUGAAAUAAAUUCAGUAAAUGAGACUGAAGAUAAUGAAGAGUUUGAUUUAUUGGAAGACUUAACGACACUUUCGUGCGUUCAGGGUAGUUUAGAACUAACUAAUUUCAACAAAAUAACAACAGAAAUUAAGCCUGACAGUCCUUUCACGAUCGUAACCGAUUCCUAUGGCAAGGAAUUAAUAGUAAGGAAAUCAUCAAUAUGUUGGCUUCUAAGUAAAAACUCGUGCAAAUUAAGCAGCGACAGAUUACAGCGUGUUAGAGAAUCUGAAUUAACUACAUAUAUACAAAAAUCGCGUUUUGCACAAGGGAAUGAUGAGUACAAAAAAUGUGAUGAAAUAUUUAUCGGUGAUUGGUGCUUAUUUAAAAGAUUAAAUAAUAAAAAGUGCUAUAUUGGUCAUAUUCUUAGUUUCGCGUAUACAAAUGGCAAAACGUGGAAAUCUAUCGAAUAUUCAAAGAGUUUUGCAAAAACAGAAGGAAACAGUAAAGAUAUAGGUGUCCUUUGUCAUUGGUAUAAAACCGACAGAGACAGACAGUUAAUUUUUGUGCCUAUGAAUACUCAAGAGUAUAUUAAUAUUAAAAACUAUGUUCUUACAAUUUCACGUCCUUCUUUUGUGUUAUCAGGGUUAAAGCUUAGUGAGAACAUUUACGACAAUAUUAAAAAGUAUUUCUAAUCAGUAAUUAUACCUUAUAUAUUUUAAUACUUUGCGUUGUGCAAUUCGAGACUGAAACUUAGUGUAUAUAUGCAAAAACAGCUAACAAUAAGUUUAAACAUUAUGUAUCUAAUUAUAAGUACAUCCGUAUUUCCAUGUUGUGUUCGUAACGUUUUAUAUAUGAUAAAUUUAA